CGCGCACGGUCUGGAGCGCGAGAUGACUACAUGCAGUCAAGCUAUCAAGGCAUGGGAAGCCAAGGAGAAUGCGUCGUCUGAAGAAGCCGCCGUGAUCAAACUGUACUGCCAAAUUCCUCCGAUCGCCAAGCUGGACAACUCAUUGAAUACGCUGAAAAAUUGCGAACAUUUGUCGUUGUCGACAAACUGCAUUGACAGGCUGAUCCCGCUGUCCGGGAUGAAGAAACUGCGCAUCUUGUCGUUGGGCCGCAAUCAAAUCAAAAAGAUUGAAAAGCUCGACGACGUGUCCGACUCGUUGGAGGAGCUUUGGCUCUCGUACAACGCCAUCACAUCUCUUGACGGGCUGUCUGGCCUUGCCAACCUCACAACGCUCUACCUGUCGAACAAUCAGAUCAAAAACUGGGACGAGCUCGACAAGCUGUCGAAUCUACCCAAGCUGCGCGACGUUCUGUUCACAGGAAACCCUAUUUACGAAGGUCUUUCCAAGGAAGAUGCUCGACUGAACGUCCUCAAGCGCAUUCGCAAUGUCAUGAAGAUUGACGGCGACAUGGUCAAGCAGACCGAGCGCGAUGCAGUGACAGGGCAAUAGUGACCUCAGGUCAACCAUACGAAUUGCAAGUGUCGCCGAGUCACUGAAAACUGCUUGGAAAUACGAGCAUCUCUCUAUUCC